AUGCAAACAGAUGUGUUAACAUUAUGCCAAAUUUCCGAAAAUCCAACCCUGGUUACCCAAAAUAUUUAUUUGGAGAAAGCAACUGGUCCAGAAAAAAUUAUAUUUCGACCAUUAUCACAUAAUGAUAUUUCUGCAUUGCAACAAUUCUUUGAUUGUUUAUCAGAGAGAACACGUCGAUUUGCCACUUAUCCCAGUUAUGAUUUGCAAUGUGCACAACAAUUUUGUGAUGAAAUCGAUGGAGAUGAUAUAUUACGAAUGGUGGCAAUUACUGAGAAUGGAAAAAUCAUCGCAAUAUACGAGUUCAAUUUCCAUUUAGUAGAAUUUGACAUACAAAGAUAUCGCAAGUACGGUGUAGAACUAAGCCAAGACAGUGAUGUUCAAUUCGCACCCUGUAUUAUAGAUGAAUAUCAAAAUCAGCAUCUUGGUACCAAACUUCUUCAUUUGAUGAUUGAUUUAGCUAAACGAUUGGGCAAAAAACGAAUACUUGCAUGGGCUGGUGUGUUAACCGAUAAUGAACAAGGAAUUCGGUUUUAUGAAAAAAAUAAUUUUCAAGUUUUUCGAGAAAAAUAUAUUGCCGAAGAUGGAUAUGAAUGUUAUGAUGGGAUUUUACAAUUAUCUUGA